CGGGCCGACACGCAGCGGCUCCACCCGCAGCCCCGUUGGCGUUGGCGGGAGCUGGGCGGGGCCAGCGGCGGGGCCGGGCCGGGUUUGGCGGCGGAGCGUGCGGACGGCGGCUCGCUGAAGUGGCUGUAUUUCAGUGGGACUCCUUGACGGGGAGAGCAGCUCCUCCCAUCUGGCAGUCGGCUGGGCCUCGCCGAGCUGGUACAACUCUCUUGAGUUCUUUCCGGCCGUGCUUGGCAAGAUGGAGCCGCCGACCUCCUCCAGGCUGAAUUCCCGUAAGAGAAGAAAAGAUGGAUCUGGCCCCAAUGGGGCAACAGAGCUGGAUGGAAUCCCUGCAAAAAUGUCCUGGCGCUCACUCGGACUGAGGGAACCGGCUCCGUUCUCAGAUGAAGUGGAAAUCGAUGACAGCAAGCCGUACAUCAGAGUAACAUAUGAAGAAGCAAUGAGAGGGACACCUUUGAAUCGCCCUGUCAGAGUUUAUGCUGAUGGAAUAUUUGAUUUGUUUCACUCUGGACAUGCCCGGGCCUUGAUGCAAGCAAAGAACCUCUUCCCAAACACAUACCUCAUUGUUGGAGUCUGCAGUGACGAGCUAACCCAUAACUUCAAGGGCUUCACAGUAAUGAAUGAAAAUGAGCGGUAUGACGCUGUGCAGCAUUGUCGCUAUGUGGAUGAAGUGGUGAGAAAUGCGCCAUGGACGCUUACCCCCGAGUUCCUGGCAGAGCACAGGAUCGACUUUGUUGCACACGAUGACAUCCCCUAUUCUUCUGCUGGCAGUGAUGAUGUUUAUAAGCAUAUAAAAGAAGCAGGCAUGUUUGCACCAACUCAGAGGACUGAGGGGAUCUCAACAUCUGAUAUCAUCACCAGGAUUGUGCGGGACUAUGAUGUUUAUGCCAGACGGAACCUGCAGCGGGGUUAUACAGCUAAGGAACUUAAUGUCAGCUUCAUAAACGAGAAGAAAUAUCACCUCCAGGAGCGUGUGGAUAAGGUGAAAAAGAGGGUGAAGGACGUAGAGGAGAAGUCAAAGGAAUUUGUCCAGAAAGUGGAGGAGAAGAGUAUUGAUCUCAUUCAGAAGUGGGAAGAGAAGUCCCGGGAGUUCAUUGGCAAUUUCCUGGAGAUGUUUGGUCCAGAAGGUGCAUUGAAACACAUGCUGAAGGAGGGCAAGGGCCGGAUGCUGCAGGCCAUCAGCCCAAAGCAGAGUCCCAGCAGUAGCCCCACGCACGACCGCUCCCCAUCUCCCUCCUUCCGCUGGCCCUUUUCAACCAAGACUCCUCCCUCCUCGCCAGCCAACCGCUCCAGGAACGAGUCUGCAGUCACCUAUGACAUCAGUGAGGAUGAAGAGGAUUAAGCUACCAGCCGGGAUUUGCUGUGAAGCGCUAACCGCUGCAUCCUAAGUCUGAACCCACUUGGGGAACUCUAAGUGAGCGAGAGAGCCAUAGGAACAGGGCUGAUGGUGAGCACAGGGCAUUGGAGGCCCCUGUUGCUCUUAGCAAGGGCUGCUGCCUGGAAGCACAUUCGACCCUCCUCUCCCUUCUCCUCCCCAAAUCCCAUUUUUAUUGUUUACAUUCUAGUUUCCAGGGGGAAGAUCGUUUUUAUAUUUUAGAAAAUACUUUUAAAGGGCAAAGAAUAGCACUCAAGCCUGGGUUUUGUUUUGGUUUCUUUUCCCUUGUUAAGCCUCCAGGCAAGAGGGAGAGUGGGAAGACCCAUGUGUCUCUUCUUUGUUUCAGUUCCUCUGUCUUAUUCCCCCCCGCCCCCCAGGCAGUCAGUAUCUGUGCCACUGCCAAAUGAAAGACCCCUCAGUUCCUCAAUCAGCAUGAUCUUGAGAACAUGCAGGAGGUGGUGGUGUAAAGAGGCCUCUAGGAAAUAGGGACAUCUCUGCUGCACUGGAGCCCAUAGGAAUCUAUCCAGCAGAUGCUGUAGUGCUCAUGUGCCCCUUAGCUGAGCUUCCCAGAAUGUCAUAAUAAAGAUGUGCUGAGUAGGGGGCUACCAGCUUAGCACACAGGAGUUACACCCUGGAGGAACUCACAGCACCAUAGAGUCACACACCCCAUAAGCACACAGCAUUCGCAGUUCCAAAUUGUACAGUGGCUUCAGGAGAAAGGCCUUUACAGCUAAUCUUAACAAGACUGCUAACUCUUGAGCUAAAAUACAGCCCUCAGUUGCUGUUGGAGAGAAUUAAUCUUUGCUUCAGGGCACUUGUCUGUGCAUUUCCUCAGGUGUGUGAGAGCCCGGGUAGGAAAUGAAUGUGUGUACUCCUUUGAGAAGUUCCUUGUCCCAGUCUCUGGUGUGUAAUAAGUUUUACUGUCUGUCCAAAUGGCACCUCAAGACUGUGCUCUGUGCGUUUGUGUUUCAGUUGCUGUGCUCUAAGGGCUGAAGCAGUCCUUUACACUGGUGCCAUGAAGUUGCUGCUAUAAGGACAGAACAUGAAUUUGUACAGCCAGUUUGCUGCCCAUGUUGGCUUGUGCAGCUGGACAGAUGAAGGGCAUGAUUUACCCCAGUAAAGGGUCGUGGUCCCAUGUGACAGUUACCUGGCUUGCAUAAUAAAUGCACAAAUCGGUGCCUGCUUACUCCACUCCUUGGGGAAGGCCAGAAAGAGGAUCAGAGAGCUGCAACUUUUUAACACUUUAAAUAUGUAAUCUGCUUGUUUGUGGUGCAGGUUGUGCUGCUGUCACGUCUGUAAUAAACACUGAGCUUUGGGGCCUGCGACUCUCCGCGGGCAGUUACCUUCCCCAUGCUGCAUGCUUGUGCAGAGCAGGUCAGUGUACUCUGUCCUUGAGGUGAGCACGGGAGGAACUGGACUUGCUGUCACCUAGCUGCAAAGUUCCUGCUUCCUUUUCUGUUCAGGUUUGCCUGUGAUAUGCAUUGUCUCUGGGUGGAGCUGCUGGGCAGAGUUGCCUGUAUCCUGAAAUGCUGGGAGUACAGGACAGCUCAGAGCUGGUCAGGAACACUGCAGGGAAGUUUUUCGAGUGGGAUUUGGUGCUUGCAAAGCAGUGGGUGCAAGGAGGGAAAUCGUCAAGUGCUCCCACAGGCUCUGCACGAUGCGAUGCUUCCAGGGAUGCAGUGGCCCUGUGGUGGGAGCAGGCUGCUGCUUCUUUCCAGCUUUCAUCUUGCUGAUCCUUUGUCCUGCUGCCCAGAGGGCUUGACAGAGACUGCGCUUCUGUUGAGGUCAGAGCUGGUAUCUGGAAGUGUAUUUUGGGGAUUCUUAUCUGCCGCUUCAGACUUCUCAGCAGGGAUGUGCACGGCUCUGGGAGCGUGGUUGGCUGCUGUGGAUUUUUUUGCUAUUAAGGAGCAAAUAAUUGCCACUUGGUACAAGCCAGUUGUGAAUCCCCUAGUUUAUGAGUGGUAGAGCACUUGCUUUAUAUCACCUACAUUCUCUCUUCCCUCAUCUUCCCCACCUUCCCUUCCUUACCCUUCCUUCAGUAUGGGUGUUGUGUUGCUUUCCCAAGCCAGAUCACAAAGGCCAGGCUGCUCUAGAGCCUUACUACUGUUUUAAACACAAGUUAUGCAACAGUGUUCUGUAAAUUCAGGUAACAAUGGUGUUUUGGAUGAUGAUUUGUUCUGCAGAGACCUUAAUGUAUUUCUCAGUCUCUCUGCAAAACCUGGGGUACUUGGUGAGAAGCCAGCUAUGGUUUUACAUAUAGUUUGGGAUAACAGAGCUGUUUCUUGUAACCAAUAAUCCCUGCUUCCUCCUUGCACUUAAAUUAAAUUGGAACCUCAAAUCCCA